UACAAUCACUCUAGUUUCAUGAGUGUACAGCACAAUCAGUAACGAUGUUGUUCUAUUUAUUUAUAUGUUUGCCAAUAAUACAAGUUUCUUUAGCGGAAAGUGCUUACGAGUAUAAAUCCUACAAGAAUUACAAGUUGUACGAAGUAGAAGGUGAUCAUGAAAAUUUUAAUAAAGUGCUAGAAAAUCUAAAAGAUUUUGUUGAACUACCUUACUUUGAAACAAGGAAUGAUAAGUUGGAAAUAUUAAUUGCACCUGACGUAAACUCAUUAUUUGAGGAAAUUACCUCGUUCUAUGAUUUAAAAACUAAAGUGGUCGUUGAAGAUUAUUCUGAGAUUAUUCGAUUAGAAAAAUCGGGUUAUAGGAGAAAUUCCGUGUUCUCCUGGACGGCUUAUUACGACGUGGAUGAGAUUUAUGCAUAUCUAGGAAAUAUCAGUAAAGAAUAUUCGAAUUGGACCGAGGUAGUGGUCGGUGGGGAAAGUUACGAGGGCAGAAAAAUAGUAGGGUUGAGAAUUAACACACCGACUGAAGCGGAUGAACCUAAAAAGAUAAUAUUCAUCGAAUCAGGUAUACAUGCAAGGGAAUGGAUCACGCCGGCCACGACCACGUAUUUUAUCAAUCAACUUCUGACGAGCACCGAUCCUAAAAUAACAUCUAUCAGAGAUCAAUUUGAAUGGCAAAUUUUCCCCACCGUCAACCCCGAUGGUUACCAUUACAGUUUCACAUGGGAUCGUAUGUGGAGGAAAACUCGUUCAAAAUCUACAUUCUUUUGUUACGGUGCCGACCCGAAUCGUAACUGGGACUACAAUUGGUUACAACAUGGCGCUACUAGCAAUCCUUGCAACUAUCAAACUUAUGGCGGAUCAGAACCAUUCUCAGAGAAGGAAACUAGGACUCUAUCCGAAUAUAUACAACAUUUGGACAAUAUUCUUGCCUACGUAGCAUUCCACGCUGAUGCUCAAAUGCUGUUGGUUCCGUAUUCAGAUUCAGUGGACCAUAUUGACAACUAUGACGAUUUGAUAAAAAUUGGCAAAACUUCUUUAGAGUACGGUUAUAAAGUAAACGGAGCGAAGUAUGAUGGACCAGCCACCGCUGCAGAAAUACUUUAUAAAGCUUCGGGAGGUAGCAUGGACUGGGUGCGACAUGCUCUGGGCACACCAUUGGUCUACACAUACGAAUUACGAGGCAGGAGUUUCCAUUGGCCACCUGACAGAAUUUACGAGCAAGGAGACGAAGUUACUCAGAUGAUGUUAGGAUUAAUCACUGAAGCGUGCAAUUUGGAUUAUUGUUAAAAUAUACAUAAUAAAAGACAAUGACCUAUAUAAAAAAUAUGUACAAAAGUAAAAAAAAUAUUAAAUAGAAUAAAAUGAACUA